AUGGAUAUUAUAUUUGAGACACAAAAAGGAGAGUCAUUUGUGAUAGAAAUAGGGUAUUUUGAUUCAGUUUUAGAGAUCAAAGAAAAGGUUGAAAAAUACAGAAAAAUACCCAUUUCAAAACAAACCCUUGUUUUUAAUGGCAAAAUUCUUGAAGAUUCUGGUAAUGUUGAAUCUUGCGUUAUUCUUCAUAAUUCUCGAAUGCGCUUAAUUGUUGCACCCAAUGAAGAAAAACCAAAAUCCCCUGAAAAACUCAAAUUAAAACAAGAAGAUGAUCAUCAAUUCUUUCAUUCUUUUUCUCCUCCAAUGAUUAAUAAUAAUAAUCAUCAUAAUGCUUCCAAGAAAACCAAGAUUGUUCUUAGAUUGCCGGCGUCGCGACCGUCUAAUAUCUAUCAGAAACUUGUUAUUGAUGUGGACUUGAAUGAUUCUGUUGAGCAGCUCAAGAAGAAAGUUCACCAGAUUGAAGGUUACUCUGUACACCAGCAAGCACUGUACCUAAAUAAGAGUAUUGAGCUGCAGGAUCAAAGACAUUUGCGUGAAUAUGAGCUCAAAGAUGGGUGUGAGAUCGAAGUUUUUAUCAAGCCGAUCUUAACUCCUAAGCAUUCUGGCAGGGCAAACACAAAGUCGGCAACUAAUGCCAAGAAGCUGAAAGUUAUUGUGCUAGCUAAGUGUGGAACUAAGAAACUGGUCGUUGAAGUUAAUCCCUUGGAUAAAGUUCAGGUGCUAAGAAAUGAACUGGACGAGCGUCAUCAGGGUGCAGACUUUCAGCUUCCAUCAGAAGGGUACUUCUUCAUCUACAAGCAGAAUGUAAUGGAGGAAAAGGAGACUUUCCAGUGGCACAAUGUUCGACAGGGUGAUACUAUUGAGAUCUUCAAUGGCAGCGUUUCAGGUGGAUCGUGAAAAUCCUGCUAUCACAAGUAAUUCAAGUCGAUCUUCUAUGGCAAAAAAUUUCAUGUUCUUUUAGUUGUUGCACAGUCAAUGAGGCUCAGAUGGGUGCAUGCUCUUGUUAGUUCUGGGUCUGGUUUAGAUUAGUCAAGUUCUAGUUUCUUCUUAAAUAGGUCUAACUUUACAUAUGGUAAAGUAAGCAGUUAGAACGCACAGCUUCUCAUUGAAUAGUUGUUUGGUUCCUGUUAAAUAGAAUGAUACAGCUUUAUGUAAAUUCGACUAAUUAGACCAUCAAAUUUCUGGAAAAAAUCCCAAUCCAUAUAAAACUUCUGAGCAAUCUAUCAGAUAUCCAGAU